AACUAUUUUAUUUUAUUUUUUUUAUAAGUCACUCAUGCAUGUUUUUCUUCUUCUUCUUCUUUUACAACUUCCUAUGAUGAUAUAUCUCCCCAUCACCCCUAUCUAUCCCCACUCUUUCCCUUCCACAAUGCCAUUUUCAUUGGAUCUCUAGUGAGACUCCAUGCUUGGGGGCCAAAUGACCUUCAAUGGCAUGCACUCAUCCUCCUUCUUCCCUCCUGCCUUCAUGUUGGGCAUUGAUGCCACUAAUGAAGGUCACCAUCCUCCUCCUCCUCCUCCUCCCCCUCUCUUGUCUUCCAAUCCUCAAGACUUCAGAGGAGCUGGGACAAUGUUGGGGAAAAGAUCUAUGUCAUUAUCUGGGUUUGAAGGAGGGGAGGAUGUGAACGGAGACGAUGAUCUCUCGGAUGAUUGUUCACUUGGAGGGGAGAAGAAGAGGAGAUUGAAUGUGGAACAAGUGAAGACAUUGGAGCUCAACUUUGAGAUGGGAACCAAGUUAGAGCCUGAGAGGAAGAUGCAGCUUGCUCGAGCUCUCGGCCUUCAACCCAGACAGAUAGCCAUUUGGUUCCAGAACCGACGAGCUCGCUGGAAGACUAAACAACUUGAGAAAGACUUUGAUGUGCUUAAACGACAAUUCGAUGAUAUUAAGUCUGAGAAUGAAGCAUUGCAAGCCCAAAACAAGAAGCUUCAGGCAGAGAUCAUGGUUCUGAAAGGGAUUGAAGUUCCAGAGACUAUAAAUUUAAACAAGGAAAAUGAAGGAUCUUGCAGCAAUAGAAGUGAGAACACAUCUGAAAUCCAUUUGGACAUUUCAUAUAGACAUGCAUCAACAGUGGCUCAGCUGUUGCAGAAUUCAAGCAGGUCAGAAGUUCAUUCCCCAAAGAUUAAUAAUGAGAAUGGUGUCCCAGAUGAGAGCUUCACCAAUAUGUUCUGCUGCAUUGAAGAUCAAUCUGCAUUCUGGGCAUGGUCUGAACAACAUCACUUCCAUUAAUAAUAUAUUCCUCAUGCUUUCAUAACUCCUCCAUGCCAUAAGAUCACAUAGAAGAAGAAGAUGAAGAAGAAGAAGAAGGCACUACAGUUAGGGAAAAAUAAAUAAAUAAAUAUUAGUGAUACUUCCAAAGCAUACUGCUGCUAUUACUACUGCUACCUUUUCAUGAUUUUGUGUAGAUAAGGGAGGAGAUGGUUUUAUUUUCAUAAUAUCAUUACUUUAUUGGAGAUGAUAUAUUCAUGCAUUAAAUAACCAUGUACACUCUUUGUUCUUUUUAAAGGGAA